AUGCUUGGGAUAAGAGUGCUUGUGGCGUAUAAUAUACUUUUAUAUGGAAGUUUCCAUGGAGAGUGUGCUGCCAUACAUAAAGAUAAUACAUUUAACUCAACAGAUGAAGCUACAAAAAACUCCCUUAUUCAAGCUCAAUCAAUUGGGAGAAUCGUCAACCGCUCAAGUCAGAAAGAAAUGAAUCAAAACAUCCUGACACCGCCAAGUUAUAUAGGUGAUAUAACUCGCACAUCGUCUGCUGAUCAAGAAAACCCCUGUCCCCUUGAUUUACCCCAAAAAAAUGCUGCUUCAGACCCGCAGAUCAAUGGAAACCCAUCAGCCACGCAUACAAAGUACGGAUCACAAAUAAACACACAGUCCACAUACUCAGCCGAUUUUCAAUUGCAAAUACAAAACCCACGUCCAGUUCAGCACAUACAUUACCAUUACAUUGUGCCCAAUACGACACCAAAACCGACCAUAAGUUAUGUGGAAUCAAAUUUCAACGCCCACAAUGCCAAUUCAGAAGGUCAAGUCUACUCGUCAAUCGACCCUCGGCCAUCACAUAUCAUUGGAAACAAUCUGCAGCAUAGCAUCAAUCGGGAAGUUGUGCCAGUCAACCCUUUAUACUCAGCGGUGGAUAAUAAUGGAUUCCUUUACGAUUCCCCGGAUGAGCACCAGGGUCAGGCAUCUGAGAAUACAUCGGUGUACGAAUUCAGAGAUCCUGGCGAGACUUUGAAGGAUGACCUCCAAGGGGAGGCUUUAGUGAAAACCAGUUCGGAGAUAGCCAUAAACCCGCCAAUUUCAAACCAUCAAGUAGACGUAGUUAGCUCAAUUCCGAAUCAGACGGAAGUUUACUUUAUUAAGUACUACGAUGACCUUAAAAAAACAAAUACUUCACCUGAAUCCCAGACCAAAAAUGAUACUUCAAGUGAGGUUUCAGACGGCAGUGGCUUAAUAGACAUUAGGUACGGCGUUUCUGAAAUUCUGGAUAGUCAAAUAGAGACUACCACUCCAUACAAUGAAUACUCAGCAUACAACGUUCCACUGAAUUAG